GCCAUGUGUGAGCAGGGGGCCCCACCUCAUCAAGCUGCCUGGGCUUUUACCAGUGUUGACCCGGACCAGAAGAGAACUGUUUGUGACUGACCCGGAGACUCUACACUGGUGCCUAGACCCAGAUGAGUCUGAUACUGGCUGGCCAAGACCCUGUGGAGACUCAGUAUGCAAAAAAGGACCCAGGACUUACCGUCUUCAGAGCAGACCCGGGACACACACUCCAGAGGCUGGAGGCUCAGCAGCGACCCAAUUUUCUGGCCAGGCUCUCGUGUUCCAGGCUUCGUGGCUGUGUGGUGCUGGGUGCGCUGGGACUGCUGGCUGGGGCCAGUGUUGGAUCCUGGCUCCUAGUGACUCAUCUGUGGCCACCUGUCUCUCAGCCUGCUCCGGGGACUUUGCAGGAUGUGGAGGCAAUACUAAGCUGCUCAGAAGACAGUGGAGACGAAAUUCUGCUCCCAUUGCAUCCCAGAAGAGUGUCUUUUAGAAUAAGCCCUGAGGACUUCCUGCUGGAAGUGCAGGUGAAGCCCAGGCCGGACUGGCUCCUGGUCUGCCACGAGGGUUGGACUUCUGACCUCGGGGUUCGGAUCUGCAGGCUCCUGGGGCAUCUCAGACUUACUCGCCACGAGGGACUGAACCUGUCUCAAGCCAGUCUCAGCACUUACCAGGAGUUUGCUCAGUUCUCUCCUAGAGCUGGAGGCCUUUCUGAGGAGGUGUGGCAGCCCAGGGACAACUGCACUUCUGGCAGAAUCGUCUCUGUCCAGUGCUCUGCAUGUGGGGCCAGACCCCUGGCUUCACGGAUAGUUGGUGGUCAGGCUGUGACUCCUGGGCGCUGGCCUUGGCAAGCCAGUGUGGCCCUGGGCUCCCGCCAUACAUGCGGCGGCUCAGUGCUGGCUCCGCACUGGGUGGUUACAGCUGCACACUGUAUACACAGUUUCAGGCUGGCCCGCCUGUCCAGCUGGAGGGUGCAUGUGGGGCUCGUGAGCCUCAGCACCAUCAGGCCACACCAGGGUGCCGUGGUGGAGAAGAUCAUCCCCCACCCUCUCUAUAGUGCUCAGAAUCACGACUAUGACAUCGCCCUCUUGCGCCUCCGGACACCGCUCAACUUCUCAGACAGCGUGGGCGCCGUGUGCCUGCCAGCUGAGGAGCAAGACUUUCCUGGGGGCUCCCAGUGCUGGGUUUCUGGCUGGGGCCACACCGACCCAAGCCACACACACAGCUCCGACACACUGCAGGAUACACUGGUACCUCUGCUCAGUACGCAGCUCUGCAACAGCUCCUGUGUGUACCGUGGUGCCCUCACGCCCCGCAUGCUGUGUGCUGGCUACCUGGAUGGCAGGGCUGAUGCAUGCCAGGGUGACAGUGGAGGCCCUCUGGUGUGUCCAGAUGGGGGCACUUGGCGCCUGGUGGGGGUGGUGAGCUGGGGGCGCGGCUGUGCAGAACCCAAUCACCCCGGCAUCUAUGCCAAGGUCUCUGAGUUCCUGGACUGGAUCCAUGCCACGGCGGGGGUGAGUGAGUCUGAGAACAGGCAGGCUGGUGCGGGGGCAGCUGGUCAGGCUGCAAGGCCUAGGAGUCUAGGCAAGGCCAACUCAGCUGAAGCCAAUAUGGGUUCAGGCCCUCUUGCACUCUGGUGUCUGGCUGGCCCUGCCGGACAACAGACAGCAACAGACAGCGAUGCUAAAGCCAGUCUGGUCAAUGCUGUUGACAAGCACAGUUCUGUCACCUGA